CACGUCGUCGUCUUCCCUUCUCCUCUGUUCUUCUUUCCCCACAGCCCCGCACGCGUGUUCCUCCUCCUCAAAGCCUCAGCCACUCGCGACUGCCAAAACGGACAAACCCUAGCCGUAGCCAUGGAGGCGUGGGUAUCGCCGAUCGCCGGCGCAGGAGGGCGAGGGAGAGGGGGAGACGACAGCGCGUUCUCGUUCCUCUCCAAGGGGUGGCGCGAGGUGCGGGACUCGGCGAGCGCCGACCUGCGGCUCAUGCGCGCGCGUGCCGACUCCCUCCGCACGCUGGCCGACCGGGAGCUCGAGCACCUCCUCGCGUCCGCUUCAACCCCGCUCGCAGCGCCGCCGCCGCCCUUGGCCGUGGGGGCGCCAAUAGCCGAGCUCGAGUUCGUGCGGAAGCAGAUCCAGCCCAAGAUCUCCGAGCUGCGCCGCCAGUACGCGUCGCGGGACCGGGAGCUUGGCCGGAGGGUGCUCGAGCGCUGGGUGCCGCCCAGGGGAGCCACCAGCGCCCGCGUCGACCUCUCCGGGAUCACCGCCAUCCGCAACGCCAUCGUCUCUGAGGCCCGCGAUGCCGAGAAGUGGAGGCGCACGGCGUGGAACGGAGAAGCGGAUACAGAGGAGAAGGAGUGGGAGGUCGUGAGGAUGAUACGGGUUGGCCUGAAGGAGCUCGAGCGCCGGAGCCAGAGCAGCGAACUUUUAGGUGGUUUCCGUGGCACGGGCGAGCUCGUCGAGAAAUUCAAAUCCAGCCUGAAAUCAUUUAACAUGGAGUCUGAGGGAUACAAGGAGGUUCCCCCGCUAGAUAUAACUGAAACUCUGGCAAAUCUAAUCCGGCAGUCUGGACCUUUUUUGGAUCAAUUUGGCUUACGAAGAGAUCUCUGUGACAAACUAGUGGAGACAUUAUAUAGCAAACAAAAUCAUUCCCUUUCAGCAGAGGCAACCUUGGUUGGAAAUGAUAGCUUAGCAGAUGAUCUUGAUUUAAGAAUUGCCAGUGUGCUACAAAGUACUGGCUAUCACACUGAUGAUGGUUUCUGGAAUGAACCUACAAAAUAUGAGGUUUCAGACACCAAAAGGCACAUUGCAGUAGUCACCACUGCAAGUCUACCAUGGAUGACAGGGACAGCAGUUAAUCCAUUGUUUCGUGCAGCAUAUUUGGCAAAAAGUGAAAAACAAGAUGUGACAUUGGUGGUGCCUUGGCUCUGCCGGUCAGACCAAGAACUGGUGUAUCCGUAUAGCGUGACAUUCAAUUCACCGGAGGAGCAGGAAACUUAUAUAAGGAACUGGGUGGAUGAAAGACUAGGCUUUGCAUCAAAUUUUAAGAUAUCAUUUUAUCCUGGCAAGUUCUCAAAAGAGCGGCGUAGCAUCCUUCCUGCUGGGGAUACCUCACAGUUCAUUUCAUCAAGGGAAGCUGAUAUAGCAAUAUUGGAAGAACCUGAGCAUCUUAACUGGUAUCAUCAUGGGAAACGUUGGACUGAAAAAUUCAAUCAUGUUGUUGGCAUAGUUCAUACAAAUUACCUAGAAUAUAUAAAGAGAGAGAAGAAUGGGGCUCUUCAAGCUUUCUUAGUUAAACAUAUCAACAAUUGGGUGACCAGAGCAUACUGUGACAAGGUUUUACGGCUUUCCGCAGCAACCCAGGAUCUUCCCAAAUCUAUUGUAUGCAACGUUCAUGGUGUAAAUCCAAAGUUUCUUAAGAUCGGAGACAAACUGACAGCCGACAGGGAGGGUGGGCAGCAGUCAUUCUCCAAGGGUGCAUACUUUCUGGGAAAGAUGGUCUGGGCUAAAGGUUACAGGGAACUGGUAGAUUUGUUGGCGAAACAUAAAGGUGACUUGGAAGGAUUCAAGUUAGAUGUGUAUGGAAGCGGUGAGGACUCCCAAGAAGUCCACUCUACUGCUAGAAAACUGGAUUUGAAUCUCAAGUUUUUCAAGGGAAUGGAUCAUGCAGAUGAUUCACUCCAUAGGUACAAGGUUUUCAUUAACCCGAGCAUUAGUGAUGUCUUGUGCACAGCAACAGCAGAGGCUCUUGCCAUGGGGAAAUUUGUCGUCUGUGCAGAGCAUCCGUCGAACGAAUUCUUCAUGUCAUUCCCUAACUGCUUGACAUAUAAAACCUCAGACGAGUUUGUUGCCAGAGUGAAAGAGGCCAUGGCUAGAGAGCCCCAACCUCUCACUCCCGAGGAAAGGUACAACCUAUCAUGGGAGGCAGCAACAGAGAGAUUCAUGGAGUACUCAGACCUUGAUAAGGUUCUGAAUGACAAUAGCUCUCCGCGGCUCAGGGAAACCCGGUCGAGAAGAACUUCCCAGCCUAGUUUCUCAAACGCUGUGGACGGUGGACUGGCAUUUGCUCAUCGUUGCCUGACUGGCAGCGAGGUCCUCAGGUUGGCAACAGGGGCGAUUCCUGGUACACGCGACUACGAUGAGAGCACUGUGCUGAUAUGGGUCUGCUGCCUCCCCAGGUUCAGCACCCUUUAUAUGGUUGGUGAUGCCGACCUGCACUGCACGCAGUUAAAUCACUUCAUAUAGGUGCCGUAUAUAUGUUUGUACAUAGAGUAACGCGCUGUGUAGCUGUUAUCCUGAAUUCCUAACUAAUCUUUUAGAGUGCUGUUUGUACUCCAGUCUGUAGAUUAUUUAUACUGUAGUAGGAUUCAGAGCUGCAUCAAGUGGUGUAAGCUAUAAUGCUCCUUUAAAAUGCACGUCUUCAGUUCGUUUCAAA